AUGCAAUACGUGCCCACGUCAACGGCCCUGUCCGACCAAGGCAAAUACGAUCUCGAGAGCAACUUUAUCACAGCGUUGGAAGAAUCCCCAUGCGCUAAACGCGAUGGCCAGCCUGAAUGUGAGUUUCUAAAACUGUACAGGAAUCAUGAUCCAGAUAGCUGGUCCGAUAGAACUGCAGACUAUAGUCAAAGGGUCAAGAAAAACUUGAAAAGGGAGGAGUACGUGGUGGCAUAUAUGGAGCUUGCGGAAUCAAGACGCCGAAUCUAUCGUCCGUUGCCUUUGGAUGAAUUCGGAUUCACUCUGCCUUUCGCCACUAAGUAUGAUAAGUUGGAUAAACAUCCAUUGAAGGAGAUGACAGAUAAGGCAGAGGUAGUUGACAUGCCGACACGCGGGGUGGACUUCAUAACUGCCUGGACGGGGACACUGUGGACCAAUAACCCUGCGAUCGUGGCGCUGGAAAGCAAUCCUCCGCUGGCUCCCGGUGAUCUACCAAAGCCGGAGAGAACACCGGUGGAUCUAGGAACUUUUUCUGCACGCAAAAAGACCGGGGGCUGUCCUGUGAUGCGAAAACGCCGUUAG